UCUGCAUGUGCUUGAGAAAGGGGGGAGCCAGAGGCAGGUGAAGUUUAUUCCCCCGAAUUGCUCUUGAAGGCUCAUUCAAGAUGUCAGGGUCACUGGGCCUGCGUCAUUGGUGACUCACAAAACAACGCCAGUGGAGCAACAGCAAAGCAUCCGAUUCCGUAGGUCACGGCCAGAUCUGUUACCAGCCCAUGGCCCACUCCAAAUGGGCACCAUGUUCUGUUUAAUCUCUGGUGAGCAAUCAUAAAAUUACAAAGGACUUCCUACAAACAGGUUCCUUGAGGAGAGGCCAAAGGGCAGAGAAGGGAAUCUGUUUUCCAUCUCACCUCUCCCAGCACCACCGCAUUCAUGGGCUUUGUACAGAGGUGCAGGAAGCAACGCUGUCGCUAAUAGCGUGCUGUCUGGGAUAUUUGAAGACCUGAGAUCCACUUUUACGUGCACUAUACCGAAAUGUGGUACUUCCACCAGUCAGCUCUGACUGCUAGCUGCGGGGAUCACUGUGUCUUCUGCACCCCACAGGAGUUCUGGACCAGAACCCCACAACUCGUUGUAGGAGCUGUUUGUCCUGAUCUUUCCGUUUGGUCUGUCUGAGGGAAGUUCAGUGUUUCCAGUCCUUGACUAUUGUGUUAACUGGAUUUACUGCCCCAAAACAAUAAUUGCUGCCUUUCUGUGAUGCAGUUUAGAGACUGCGUGAAUUCUGUGAACUUUAGGAAGGGUGGGUUUUCCAGGUCGUUAGUCAGUUGUGCCACCUCCCACGUGGAGAAAUGGGGUGAUGAGUGCUUCCAAGAAGCUGAAGGAAGGUGAUCUGUGGAUGUUGCAGUGAUCUUCAGGUGUUGCAGUGUGCCCGGGGCUGUAAUGAAUGUAAAUACUGACAUCUACCAAUUCUCUUUUAAAAAUCUCUUUAGUGCUAAAGAGGCCCAAACUGUCAUCCAACAAAGAGGGAAAUAGGCCCUGAGCAGGCCCAGAGUGACACAGCCCUGUUCGUCAGUCCCUUGGCCCAUAAGAAUGGGAACAGUGGGGCCAGUGGAGAUGCUUUGUGCUGCUUGCAGGUGGCUCAGGUACCCUGGAUUUUUCUUCCAGCCCAACUAGCUGGGUCAGGUGUCUCGGACAAAGGAGCCUGGCCUCAUUUCCAUCAUGCUUUCACAAAGGAAUCACAGGCCUUGGUGUGCGGCUGCUUCUGCUGCUGGAGCAUCAGAUUUCAUCAGUGCACUAGUGGCUCAGCUAUGUCACAGUUUGUUUGCUGGCUGCUUAAACCAUGAGCUGAAAGCACUGACCUCGGUAUGGAUUUCUGUCCCACCAAAACCUGGGCACGUCGCACCGUGUCCCAGAGCCUGCUCCUCAUUUCCUUCAGUUAUUCUGAGCAUGCCUGAGUCCAGGCUCGCUGCUAUUCCCUCUGCCCUGCUUCCAGCCUUGGAGAAAUCUUCUUCUGUGCCAGUUCUUUCACACAGCCUUUAUCCAUAUUUGACCUACUUGUCAUUUUUGUACAGAGUUGUCUGGAAACAGCAGGAGAUGAAGAGGGAUGAUGGAUCUGAGGGGUGCUGGCUCUUAAUUAAAAAUAUUUGCAGAACAGUGGACAACUCAAGCAAAUCAAGGCUGUGUUCUGCAGCCAGCCAGCGCUCCCGCUCCCGGCUUGCGGGCACGGCAGCCAACUCGCCCCCGCCGCAGCCAAUCAACGCCGCUGGAGCCGGGCUGCUCCUGCCAUGAACGUGAAGGAAGCCGAUGGCUGCGGAGUAAUGCAGACAAAGCACGAGUGAGAGGCAGACAAAAGGGAUGGAGUCCCAGGAGAUGUGAUCCACCCCGUUAAAGGAGGCAUCCGUAGCCUCUGCAGCUGUGUUGAUGCCGCUUUGCGCAAGAGGCACCAGCCUCUCGUCCCCCCCGGGAGAUCGUUACGGCAUUAAUUGCCUCUGCACAAAACCCGGCCGUGAGGCUGCUCCUCGGCAGCCACCCGCUCCUGCCUCCAGCCCUCGCCGGUUCCGAGAGCCCGGCCAGAAGGAGCGGCGCCCCUCCAGCUGGCCCCCCUGGAUCAGAUGUCACCUGUACCCAAUGAAGCAGAUCCCGAAGUGCCACGAAUGGAUCCCAGGAUUCUUAUUUUCCUUCUCUACGUGAUGAUCCUUCAUGAGCUGGUGAGUGGCUGGAUGGAGUACCAAAAGCAGAUAGCCAAGCCGAAGAAGCAGGCGGGUCCGGUUUGGUCUUCUAGCAGCGCCACCAGACCGAACCACUCCAGCUUCUCCAGGCCACUGGUCCACUCGGUGCGCAGGGAGCGGUACCGGGACUGGAGGAAACCGGGACGGAUCAUCCGGAAGGCGUGAGGACGCCCCGAGGUCUGUCGGGGAGCAUGGGGAGAGCUUCCCGAGCCCAAAGACACCACCCCUUGUGCGGCCCGCACCGACCACCGUGCAGCAGCUGGUGUGAGAGCAUCCUGUAGGCACCGUGAGCUGCGCCCUGCAGCUUUUUCCUUCCCCUGAGCCUGGUGUGGCUGAGAAGGAAAGAGCCCCUUCCUCGCAGGGACCCGGCGCUGCGUGGCAAGGGGCUGGGGAGGUGCCCCCAGCCAGCAGCAGUGGCCCCGGAUGAGGUUUUUGCACCCAGCGCAGCGAGGUGACUUUUCUUUCUUCUUCCCAAAGGGCUGGGUAGAUGGAGAGCAGAUUUCUUUGGGGCAGAAUGAAAUUAAUGAAAUUUGCUCCUCGGGCAACCGUGGGAAGCCUCCAAAGGGUUUCAGUCUCCUCUCACCCACUCGAGGGCUGCGUGGCUGGUGAGCAGCAUUGCCCAAAGUGAUGGAAGGCUUUGGUGUCCCGCUGGUGACCCGUCCCCAGAGCCCCAGAGGGACGUGCUUCCACAGCAGCACCCAAAGAGAUGGCACUCAUUGCUUCGGAAAUGCUGGCUCCCUGUUAAGUCUCACCCACGGGGGUCUGUACAUUCUUUCUGCUUUUCGUCACCACCGUUGAGUGGGUGGCUCUGGGCUGGAGGAAGGAAAGCACCCUGAACUGGUGACUCAGAGUUAUGCCACUGAAGGCAAUUUGCUGCAAUGACCUUGUAAUUAGAUUUCUUUGCAGCAUUCCCAGCAGUCGAGGCAAAUGUAAAAGUGACUUUCUAAUGAGCAGAUAGAUGGCAAAAGAAUACAAUAUUGCUCUUUUAUUAGUCUGUGAUUUAGACAUAAAAUUAGAUUUUAGAGGCAAGAGUCAGUCCUCACGUCCUGCCGCCCUGCUUACAGUCGUGUGCAGAACUGGGAAUCUCUGAGCGCUGGCAGGAUUCUGACACCAGGCUCCUAACAGCAAAUGUUCAGGGCAAAACUGACUGCCUUGUUUGCUGAACAUAACGUUUGGCUCAAACACAGCCUGUUUUUCUCGUUGCCAACCAUUUAUAAGCCUGACUCAGGCUCGCAGACGCGUUAUCCAGAAGUAGAUAGGGAAGGGACUCAGAACCAGGCAUUCCUUAUGCUGAAGUAGCCACCUGCUGCAUUUGCAUGUCCGUCUGCUUCCCGGCUGUGUGCGAGGCGCUCCUGCGGUGGGGGCUGCAUUUGCUGAGGCUUGCAGGAGGCGCCUGGGCGAGGGCAGAGAUCUGUGCCUGAGUGGGGCACCCGGAGCCCGAGCAGGAGGAAGCUGGAGGCACCCUGCUCCUGAGAUGCCCGGGCAAGCUGGAAAGUAGCUUGGAUGCAGACCUCUGCUCCUACAGGAGAUGAAGUUCUGGCCUUGUGAGGUGGAGUUUGUCUUCAGUUCUGAGAUUUUUUUGAGAAAGGAGCUAGAAGUAGCAAGGAACCCGCUUUCUGCACAUCCCAAAGGAUAAACUUGCAAAGAUGUGCCUCAACUCUGGGACACUGUGGCUAUCCCCGAGGCAUCCACUGCCUGUCCCAGUACACACGGGUGCGUCCACAAAGAACAGAACAACAAACGAAGAGAAGAUGUUGGGGGGGGGGGGGGGGGGGGGCGGAAACAGUGGGAAAGCAUUUCUGGGCGGUGGGGGCUUUGCUUUCCUGGCGUUCAGCCUGCCCCCAGCCUGUGGGGGACGUGGCUGGGUGCUCUGCCUGCCCUUCUGCUGGGGUGGGGGAAUCUGCUGGGAGCGAUCAGUAUGCAGAGGUGUGUACCUUAACUCCUGGAGUGGUGCAGGACAUGGCUGGGCUCCCAGCCUCAACGGAGCAGGCUGACCCGAAUGGGACAGAGAUGUCUAAAUGGCCGCACCCUUGGGAAGGGACAGGAAUGCCUUGCUUUGCUGAUCACAUGCUGGAUGUAUCCCUGUAAAUACCCUCCUGUUUCCUUCCAAUAAACUCUUUUACAUACAUCUUGUUUACAUCAUCUCCUUUCUCGUUCAGCCCUUACAUGUCUCUUCACGGCUUUCGCAGCCUGGGAGCCAGCACAGGCAGUGGCUGCUGGCAGCGUAAGCGGUGACUCAGUAGAGCUAAAAGCAUCUUCGAAUGCUGAACUUGUAACACAAAUGCUUGUUUUCUUGUCUUUUCUGCAGAGGAACACGUGCCUGCAAUCCAGAGUCUUGUUUUGGAUGGUUGUAGGCAUUGCUUUGUUCUUUUCCCUUUUUUUUUUUUUCCUUCUCACACAAAUAUCCAGGUUGCUCUGCAGCUGUGUCGAGGAAGCUCCUGCCCGAGGAGCGCUUCUGCGGUGGGAGCUGAUGAUGGCAAAGAGCUCAGGGGCGGUGGGCUCCACAGAGACCAGGGCCAGCCCGGAGGCAGCCCCGCGGCCACGUUCUGUGCUUUAAAAGAAAAAGAAUAAAAUAAGAAACGAACAAAGUACUUACUGUAAGCCACGCCGCAGCCCUCGCUCGAGGCUUCUCGUGGGGCGCUGCACAGUGCUGCAGGUGGAAGUCCCCGCGUGCAGCUCAGACUGCGGUCGCUGCUGUCCCACUGCUAUGAUUAGGCUCCGUGGGCUGCAGGCUGUGCUCCAAACCACCGCUUUCUUAGAAACUUCCCUUUUGCCUUGAAAUGGCUCAGAGAAGUCCUGCCCCUCCAUGUCAAGCCAGAGAAAUCCCCGGGUGGCUGGGUGCAGGGAGGGUUCCAAGUACCGCGGUGCCACCAGCCCUGGUGUGACCCAUGGGGACCGCUCCCCUCUGGCCCCAAAGAGCUCUCUGGGGUGGAGCAGCAGGAGUUCAUCUUUGGGUGACGGGCUAAACCAGGGGAAUUUUGUACAUAAAGAAGGAGCAAAAUCCCUGCUGUGCUGAGAGGCAGGGCUGGGUGCUGCUCUGCAUUCCUCCUCUCCAGGUCCUGCUCUGAUCCUUAGUGCUGUCUUUGAGGUAAGUGUAUGGUUAAUGGCUUGUGUGAUUCACCUUCAAUGUAAGUGGAAAUUCAUUUUUAUUCUGCCUUUCCUUGUUAAGUCAAUUCUGAUUUCUUUUCUUUCUUUCUUUCUUUUUUUUCUUUUUUGAGUAAUUCUUAGUUGUUUUCUUCUUACUGCUUUUAAUUUCUCCUCUUACUCAGAGGAGGGAGGCUCUGUUUCUUUCAUGAAGCAAUUACUGCAUAUAUGUAAACUCACUUUCUAGAGGGCAGGGUGAACCCAGGCAUCAAUCCCAGCCCUCACUAGCACAGGGAAAGUGAGGCCGAGGAGCCUGAGGGGUGUUUGCUACCCCCAGAGCCAGGCUGGUCACUGUGGCUGCAAUGGUUCUGCUCCGGGAAGGAAGGAAAGGCUCUGCUUGUCGCCAGCUCUCUGCAAUGGGGCAGCCCUGGUUUGGGUGUUCUGGAUCGGUUGCAAAUCCUUGUGGAUGAUAGCAGCAACAAAACCUGAUUUAAAAAAAAAAAAUGCUUAAUUUUGGAAAGCUUCACUUCUAGGGCAAAAAAGACAGAGGUGAGCAAACUGUUAAUGCAAAGGUGUGUCUGCAAUAGCCAUACACAUUUCUGCAUUAGAAGGCACUGUCUUUAGGUGUUGGCUAAACCAGGGGAGUGCUGGUUAUUAACCCAUAGAGCCCAUGAGUUUAAACUUCUGUUUUCACCAAAAGGAGAGUUAAAGGCUGCAGUGAGGAAGUGGCACCCUGUGGGCAGCUAAUUCUCAGCCCUUUCUGAGCCUCUCAGGCCAUAUCCAUCACCAACCACAUCCAGCCAGUCCUGAGCAAACAGAAAGGUCUGGUUUAAUCGCAAGUUUCUCUGGACGACAGAAUCCAAGAGAGACCAAAGGUGCCUUUGCCUGAAAAUGCAUCAGCUGUGAAAAACACCUUCACGCCCCAUUUCUCCCUGUGGUCCAUCCCUGGGCACAGGGGCUGCAUCCCAGAGCAGCGCUGAGCACCGGGGGAUGCUCAGGAGUGGUGGGCUCAUACCCUGAAGGCAGCGUGAGCAAUGGCUCACAGACAGCCAGGCUUUAAAGCCAAGUGCUUAAACUUAGGCAAAGAAAAGUGUCUGACUUCAGGUCAUCCAGGUAAGGAUUGAGGCUCCCAAGCGGCUGGGGAAAGUUUUCCUACUGGUGAGACACCAAUGGGCUCGGAGGCUGCGUGCCAAAAAGGAGCAGGCUCUGCACUGCUGUGGUGGUCCUGCUCCUUGCCCCACCAUCGCUGCUGCUGAGGAGCGGGACAGCAGUGCGGGUCACCCCGCGGUGGCGAGUGCCAUCGGCUGAAAGCGCAGCCCUGGGAUGGCAUCGGGCAGCCCCAAGCUCCUUUUACAGUAAAUAACGAGACCUAAAAGGCACAAACCCAGCGGGGUGGAGAGCAGCAGAAGCAGCAGCCCCAUGGUCCUCCCUCCUGGAGGCAGAGACUGGAGCUGCUCCCUGUGCCUGGUUGUGCAGCGCCCUGCACCCGCUGGGGUGUCCCGCUGUGCUUGGCGGGCGGUGCGAGGAUUUCGGAUGCGGCAGCUGAGCGGGGUGGGUGUGCGGGAGCUGCUCUGUCUGCCGGGCGGUGAAGUCUGGCAGCAGAAGGUGGGGUAAUUCAGUCAGCCGCUUGCCAGUUGCGCUGUAACAAAACCUGCUAAAUGAUUGUAGUGUGGGUGAUGCUGGGCUCUUGCAAGGGAUUUUAAAUGCAGAGACUUUUGGAGCCAGGCACUAACAGCAUCAUUCAUUUCAUCUUCUCUUGUGAGCAGUUAGUAGCGGUGAACUUGUGAGCUGCUCCUGUGGUUCCUUUGUUGCCUUUUCUCUUUCUUUUGCAGCACAAGCAGAGGAAGCCAAGCUGAGUGUGGCGGGGUCGGGUCCGAUUACCACGAGGUCGUGCUUGCUUGUGAAGAGCAGGACGUGGCCCCUUGCAUCUGCCAGGUCUCCUCUGUGGUGCCUGUGGUAAUUAAUAGUCAUUGUUUGGCCACAGAUCUUCAGCCUCAGCGACAGUGUUUGAAAACCCGCCUCUGAUGCAGCUCAGCCUUCGUGUGCAAGAAGAUGAGCUCGGGUGGUUUCACUGCUUUCUCUCUUCCACCCCAACCCUUGCAGGUCAGCACGGAGGUAUCUGAGGAGCUGCUGGCCUUGCUCGCCUUCAUGAACACCAGCUCGGACUGCCUGCCCCAGGGGCUGCACCCUGCCAUCCCCGCCCUGGGGACCCUUCUCCUGCUGGGCUGCAUCCUGCUGAAUGGCAUGAGCUUCUGGGUCUUCUGCUUCCACAUCAAGCAGUGGGAUUCGGGCAUGAUCCUCCAGUUCAGCCUGGUCCUGGCAGACAUCGCCGUCAUCCCUGUUGCUCCACUCCGGAUUUCCUACCUCAGCCUUGGCAACCAGUGGCCAUUUGGCCAAUUUCUCUGCCAGCUCGAAGUCUUCCUGCACAGCACCCACAUGUACGGCAGCAUCUAUUUCCUGACGCUCAUCUGCAUCCACCGGUACUUUGUGGUUGUUCGGUACAAGAGCAAGUCCCUCUGGAAGAAGAGAACCUUCUUGAGAAAGCUGUGCUUGUUCGUCUGGCUCGUCCUCUUUGUCCAAGGGCUCCCUUUUUUCUUCGUCCUUAAAACUUCGGUUAUUGAUGGCUCAGAAAGAUGCCUGAAUAUUCACCAGUCGGACUUGUCCUCUGUUUACUUAGUCUACAACAUGGUUGUGGUUGUGUUCUCUUUCCUCCUGCCCUUUGCUGUUUCCUUGACCUGCGGUGCUCUGCUGGGAGCUGCCAUUGCUAAAGCAGCCAAGAGAAGUUCCAGAGGUAAGAAGAUGAAGAACAGGUCUCUGCAGAUGAUAACGGUGUCUCUAGUGAUUUUUGCCAUCUGCUUCGGUCCUCUGCACGUCUGCAGGACCAUAGGCGUCAUUGUGAAGUACUACGACAUGUCUUGCAAGCUCCUGCACCAAGUGGAAGUUGCCUACUACAUCAGCUGGGUCUUCACCAUGGCAAACACCUGCCUGGAUCCCCUGAUCUAUGUGUUUGCCAAUGACAAGUUUAAGAAGAGCUUUGCUGACUCCUUCCGCAAACACUGGGGCACCAAGUGAGUGUGGCAGGGAGCUGGGAGCCACCCGAGGGCAGAUGCUGAAGAACUGAACCCUGAGCUUCUCCCUCCUUUUUUCUGUCCCAGGUCCCCAGAGCUACCAGCAGCAGUUCAGCCUGGCAACAUUGCAGGACCUGGGGGUUUCUCUGUGUUCCCCCAGUGACACCAAGGGGUUGUUCCUGCAGGCAGGGGCUCCCUGGGCUGUAAGGAAGCUCUGACUAUGCACAACUCCUGGCUGUACCCCAGGUGGCUGGACCUCUCGUACAUGAGUUUCUUGAGAGUGCUGAAAGAGCCAAGCCCUACUGGGUACAAGGGGGGAAUAGGGAGAGAAUUUACACCUCAAGUCAUAAAUCAGGAGAAAGUCCAGUGAAAACUGUUGUGAAUUCCUGACUGUGAAUGUUUUUGUGCUUUUUUGGGGAGGAGGGUCUACGUGAGCGCGGAGCUGAGGAGAGUGCAGGUCCCAGCACCCACAGAAUGCCCCCUGUCCAGGCACCCUUGGGCACCAGCAUCUCCCCAGCCCCAUGCACCGCUGGGCUGGGACCAGGCUCCCCCUUACCCAUGCAUCUGCUCUUUCCAGAUGGAAGGACAAAGUGGCAGAUAUUGAGCCAUGGAUAAGGGGUACAGGUGGGAGGUGUGUGGAUGGGGAAAGGUGCUUCAUCAGCCUGGUAGGAAAUCUGGACUCAGUCUGUUGGAAGGUCUUCAGGAACAGGAUUGUGUGCGCCCCUCUCAUCAGCCUGCCCUUGUCCCACAAAGACUGGGCUGAAAGCCUGCGAGGAACUUGCUUCACCCCCCUCUGAGCGGCAGCCAGGGAGAACAAAAGUGUUGGGUAAAGGGUGCAGAAACCUGGAGCCUGAAUGCAAAGGCCGUGCUUGUCCUGUUUGGGCAUGUUGCCUGGCCGGUCCCCAGCCCUGUGGCUGCUCUCAUCCUUUGCACCUUUACCUUGCGGCAGAGAACUGUGCUUCAUGGUCUUCUCCUUCUUCCAUCGCACCAUGCAGAUGGGUGCCUGUGCUCUGGGAGCGUGGCAGCCCCAGGGCAGUGGCUUCUCCCUCGGGGUGGUGGGAAGUGGCUGCUCUCUGCUGCAGGAGCAGAGGGAGUGGAAGAGCUU